UAUGUGUAUAUACUGUAUAUAAGGCUGCUGUCAUUCUGGGAUGUACAGUCUCACUCCUGUCCUGGAACCUCCUCGCUCGGAACCUCUGCCUGUGGGACCCAAUCACUGAGCUGCCCCACUGCCUCUCUGGGUUCCCCAAGCUCAGCUCCAGUCUGGGUCUCAGCACAGGUCUCCUAUUAUUUAUCCACUGCUGGAAGGAUGAGUGACAGAAGCAGCCAUGAAGGCUCAAUGCCUGUAGAAAUCCCAGCGCUGGGGCGUCCGUUCUCCCUUGGGGCUCUCUAUAACUGCCAUGAUGAUCAGCUCAUCCCAGGGGUCACUUUGUGGGACGUUGAAGCUUUGAAUAAGGAUGUGGUGGUGCAAAGCCAGGAAAACACUUCAUUUGAAAUCAUAGCAUCUGAUUCUCUCUCAGACAAAUCCUCCGCUAUGAACAUCUCUGCGUCUCUGAAAGCCAGUUUCCUUUCUGGUCUGGUAGAUGUUGGUGGAUCAGCCACUUACCUGAAUGAUACAAAAACCUCUAAACACCAAGCCAGAGUCACCCUCAAAUACUCCAGAACCACAAGGUUUGAACAUCUGACCAUGAAUCAAUUAGGAAUUCAGAACGUGACCUACCAUGAUGUCUUUGAAAAAGGGACAGCCACUCAUGUUGUUACUGGUAUUUUAUAUGGGGCAAAGGCUUUCCUGGUGUUUGAUAGUGAGCGCUCCUCAUCAGAAAAAACACAGGAUAUAAGUGGAAGUCUCCGUGUUAUGGUCAAAAAAAUUCCUUCCUUUUCAAUUGAUGGAGAGGGAGCAGUGAAACUGAAUGAGAAUGAGAGGGAAAUUGUGAGCAACUUCAACUGUAGGUUCCAUGGGGACUUUGCUUUGGACAAAAACCCAGUCACUUUUGAAGAUGCCAUUAAGGUCUAUGCCAGCCUGCCAACACUGUUGGGGGAGAAUGGGGAGAAGGCCGUGCCUAUGAAGGUCUGGCUGUAUCCGCUGAGUAAACUAGAUACCAGAGCUGCUCGGGUUUCUCAACAGAUUAACGAGAAACUUAUUUUGGGGGCUGAAGAGAUCCUGCAGCAGAUGGCAGAGGUUGACAUGCAGUGUAAUGAUUUGUUGAGACACCCGGCCGCAGUCACUUUCCCUGAUAUCAAGAACAAGAUCAGCAAAUUUAGGGACCUCUGUCAGCAAUUCACUAUUACAUUUCAGAAACAGCUGGCCAAAGCCCUACCUGCUAUUCGCCGGGGGAAAUUACAGGAGACUGUCCUGGCAGAGAUCUUAUUGAGAUGCCAACAAUCACCAUUUGGGAAGGUCCACAUUGAAGAGUUUCUGAGCAGAAAACAAGAGGAAAUAAAUAUUGUGGGUUCCUACAUGAGUUGUUUAGCAAAUAUCCCCACGUUCCCCUCAGAAGAGGACGUCAAUCAGGUGUUUUUUGAUCCCAUGGUUGAGUUUGUAAUUGGUUUCAACUUUACUUCAUUAAAAGAAGAAGAUCUCUGUGUUUCUGAUCUUAGCCACUGGCUACAAACUGAUACUCUGAUAAGUGCAGGGAAGGUCUAUGAGAAAAAGGAGGUCACACCAUGGUUCAAAGACAAAGAUGUACAAAUCAAGGGAAGAAAAUAUGUAAGAACAUUUAAGGAAUUUGCUCAUAAUAAUGAAGGUAAAAUACAUUCCCGAUUUAUUGUGUCAUCUACUCUGGACCUGCAGAAUCGUGGAUUCUCCAUUUACCUAUAUGCAUCUGAUAAGUUAGUGAGCAAAGUCUUCGAGCCUCCAGCUAAACCCAACCUCCCAAAUAUCAGCAGUAAGGCCCAUGAUAGUAUUGAGCUCACCCUUAAUCCUGCUGACUUUGGGAAGGGAUUUAUAGAAGGUUACAUUGUUGAAUACAGGGAGGCCGGACAGAAUAGCUGGUCUAGUCUCAGAACAGGCAGCAAUGUUGUUAGGGUCACAGGAUUAAAGCCCAAUACAAAGUAUCAGUUCCAAUAUCGGGCAGUGUGUAAAGCAGGAGUCAGUGCAGUCAGUGAUGUUACUAAAGAGGAGCCAACCCUUCCCACCAAUCCUACCAAGGACAUUAACAAGAUCAAAAUGAAUCUCCUUGGCAGCAGCACUUUACUACGUGAAACAAAACCUUCUGUGUAUCAGCUCCCAUCCCAGUUCAGUAAUAAGGGAUAUCGCAAGUACCAUUUAGGGCAGAAAAAUCCAGGGAAACCAAAGAAAGUGGCUUUAUUAGUUGGGGCUACAGGCUCAGGGAAAACAACAUUGAUCAAUGGAAUGGCCAACUACAUCCUGGGAGUGAACUGGAAAGACGACUUUCGGUUUAAACUUGUACAUGAGGUCACUAACCAGUCUGAAGCUCACAGCCAGACGUCUGAAGUCACAGCCUACGUCAUUCACCAUCAUGAAGAAUACAGAAUUCCUUAUUCCCUCACCCUGAUAGACACCCCAGGAUUUGGUGACACUCGGGGGAUAGAGCAGGAUAAAAAGAUCACAGCAGCUAUAGACAGAUUCUUUUCAAGUAACCAUGGCAUUGACCAGAUCGAUGCCGUGUGCUUUGUAGUUCAGUCCUCUUUGGCUCGUUUAACUCAUUCCCAGAAAUAUAUUUUUAAUGCAGUGUUUUCUAUUUUUGGAAAGGAUAUUAAGGACAACAUCAUGGUUCUCGUCAACUUCUCAGAUGGGGAAAGACCCCCAGUUCUAGAUGCAAUUAAAACCGCUGAGGUUCCCUGCCCUCUGGACCUGAACGGGGACCCAGUUCACUUUAAGUUUAAUAACUCAGCCCUGUUUGCCGAUAACCAGCCAAGCAAUUACAGUUUCAAUCAAAUGUUCUGGGCCAUGGGGGCAUCAAGCAUGAACACAUUUUUCCAGUCCAUGAAUCAAAAAGAAGCCAAAAGUCUUAGGCUGACCAAGGAGGUUCUUCAGGAACGAAAACAUUUGGAGAUUUGCCUUCAGGCUUUACAGCCACAAAUUAAGGCUGGGCUGCUGAAAUUAGAAGAACUAAGGAAAACAGAGUUGGCUUUGCAGCAGAACAAGGAUCUUAUGAAUGCAAAUAAGGAUUUUGAAUAUGAAGUAGAGAUAAAUGUUUCUGUAAAGGAGGAAGUCAAUGGUUACUUCAUUACCAACUGUGCAAAAUGCCAUUUUACUUGCCAUGGUAACUGCGCUUAUGACGAUGACAAGGACAAAAUCCACUGUUCAGCUAUUACAAAUGGCUACUGUACCAUGUGCCCGGGCAAAUGUGUCUGGAGUGUGCAUCAUAAUCAAGCAUACAAGUUCAGUUAUACGACAAUAAAAGAGAAAAAGACCUACGCCGAGCUGAAAGCAAAGUAUGAAGAAGCUUCUGGGGAGAUUAUGAAUGCAGAGAAGAUAUUCCAAAAGCUUGAGGAUGACUAUUGUAAUGUACAAGCUGUUGUGCUGGUACUUAUUGACAAAUCAUCCCAGAGCCUCAAGCGCCUGGAGGAAAUUGCCCUCAGACCCAACCCCCUGACGGCCACUGAAUACAUCGACCUGAUGAUACAGAGUGAGGAACAAGAAGCCAAACCUGGGUUUCAGGAGAGGAUCCAGUCCCUAAAGGCAGUGAGAGAAGAUGCAGAGAUCAUCAGGAAGAUCAGCAGUGGGGAGGAACUACUCCCAGAGCAGUAUUUACAAGAACCAAAAACAGUGAAGAAAAAAGGAAAAUUAAUUCAGUAUAUUAAGGGCAAGUCACAAAGUGCAAUAGAUACUGUUUCCUCGUUUUUCAGCUUUUCAGAUUAGAGAGGAAGGGGCUGUACACAUCAAGAUUGUAGAAUAUUAAUUUCUUACUGAUUGUGUCAGGGGGGAACCUCCUUACAUGCACUCAUACCUGGGUCUUGUAUGAUUGGCUGCUGUUGGGUACGGGGUGGGGGUACAAUAGGAAAUCAUCUAAUAUGAUUCUUAUAUAUAAAAAACAUGACAGUUUCUGUUUGUUGUUAUAUUAAACAGUACAGAAUACGUCUAAUAAAGAAUGAUUCUCAUUUCAUUUCA